CGUACGCACACACAUGCUUGCAGAUGGGGGGCAGGGUCUCGGGAAGCAGCGACCGAGGCAGUCUGCUGUGAUCUCUUCCAUCAGUACGCGCGCUGGGCAAGCAGAAGUCCCGUAUCGCCAGUCUCCGUCGGCUGUGACGGGGAUAAAACCGUGAAAGGUUUCAGUAGAAGUUCAACAUUAUGAUGCCUUUGGUUGGACUGUACUGGCAUGUGUCUUGAUUAAAGAAAGUGUAGCAAAAAUCACCCGGUUUCGGAAAUAACGGCAUCGUAGUCCUUGUUGAAGUCCCGAGAACGUGUGUAUGGUGGAGAGAAGGCUGGUGUUGGGCCUGAGACUGGGGGAUAAAUGAGAGGCCCUGCUGCCCUGAGCCUGCACCGCCCAUAACAGCCCAACAGGGGGAGUUUCUGCAGGAGUGUGUGGCUUCGGCCCGCAGUCGCCAUGGCGCUGGUCCAAGCCUUGCCCGUCCCCACUGAUCACUCUAAGUCCAGCCUUGAGGUGGGCCAGUGCCGCUCGGUGUCUCACUCCCCCGCGGUGCCCCCAGUCCCGCCGCCCCCUCCCUCCACUGGCACCAUGGGCUCAGUGAGCAGCCUCAUCUCCAGCCGUGGGCCGUCGUCCACCUCCUACCAGGAGCGCCACUGCCGCACGGCCACCACCGCCGCCGCCGACUUCGGCGCCAAGUGCCGCAAGGCGGCGGUGGGCGGCACCAGCUGCUUCCGCGUGCAGGACGGCACCCUGCGCAGUGCCAGCUCCCAGGAGCAGUUGCUGAGCAACCACCAGCAUCACCACCACCACCACCACCAACAGUUCCAGCAGCAUCAGCAGCAUCAGCACCAGCUGCAGCUCAACGCCAAGAAGUCCGCUGCAGCCCACACCGCCGCCACCGUUGUCACCAACAACGUGACCAACGCCGCCGCCGUCGCCACCGGCAACGGCAACUACGGCUACGUGGCCGAUGACCUGUUGGUGGGCGACUGGAACGACAACCUGGUGAGCGCCUGUAGCCCCUGCAGUGACUCGGAGGAGACCCGGGCAGGCGCCCUCAACGGGAACAUCGGCGGACCCCCACCCAAACUCAUCCCUGUGUCGGGCAAACUGGAGAAGAGCAUGGAGAAAAUCCUUAUCCGCCCCACUGCCUUCAAACCAGUCAUUCCCAAGAACCGCAACUCUGUGCAGUACCUGUCCCCGCGCCCAGGGGGCAGUCUGUCGGAGAGCCAGGGCAGCCUGAACCUGCUCCUUCCCGUGGCAGGCAUCAGUAGCAGUGGCAGCAGCAGCAGCAGCGGCAGUGGCAUCGGCGGCAACGUGGGCGUCUCCUCGCUGGCCUGCUCGGGCUCCAUGUCAUCCUCGUCUUCGUCCUCGGACAAGCGCAACUCGUACAGCGGCGGGCGGCAUGGCGGGCGGGCCAGCCAGUCAGGCACCAUGUCCGAUUCGGGCCGCAACUCGCUCUCCAGCCUGCCCACGUACAGCGGCAGCAGCGGCGGUGGCAGCAUCAGCGCCGGCUACAGCCUGCCGCCCGGUGGCGAUGCCGCCCCGACGCUCCUCGAGCCCUCGUCCCGCUUGGUGACGAGCGGUGGUGGCAGCGGCGGCGGUGGUGGAGGCAGCUCGAACGGCGCCAUGCACGGGCACUCCAACUCGGACAGCGGGCGUUCGUCGUCCAGCAAGAGCACAGGCUCGCUGAGCGGCCGCGGGCAGCCGCUGUCGGACAGCGGCUCGUGUGAACGCUCGCCGGCGCCAACCGAUGGCUACGAGGGUGUGAUCCGCGACCUGGAGGAGAAGCUGAGGGAGCGAGAGCAGGAGCUGCAGCAGCUCCGCGACAACCUGGACGAGAACGAGGCCGCCAUCUGCCAGGUCUACGAGGAGAAGCAGAAGCGCUGCGAGCAGGAGAUGGAGGAGCUGCGCCUGAGCUGCGCAGCCAAGAUGAAGCAGGCGCAGCAGAAGGCCCAGCGCGGCCAACAGGUGCUGCAGCUGCAGGUCUACCAGCUGCAGCAGGAGAAGAAGAAGCUGCAGGAGGACUUCUCCCAGCUGCUGCAGGAGCGCGAGCUGCUCGAGAAGCGCUGCGCCUCCAUCGAGCGCGAGCAGACCCAGAUGGGACCACGUCUGGAGGAGACCAAGUGGGAGGUGUGCCAGAAGUCGGGUGAGAUCUCUCUGCUGAAGCAGCAGCUGAAGGACGUCCAGGCGGAACUGACCGCGAAGGCGGGCGAGCUGGUGUCGCUGCGUGCUCAGCUGCGGGAGGCGCGGGGUGAGCUGCAGGCCAGUCAGGUGCGUUCGCAGGAGGCGCACGCCGCCGCCCGCACACGCUCCCUGGAGCUGGAGGUGUGCGAGAACGAGCUGCAGCGGCGCAAGAGCGAGGCCGAGCUGCUGCGGCAGAAGCUGGGCCGCGUCGAGGAGGAGUCGGCACGGCUCCGCGACGCGUUAGCCGCAUCCCCCCCCCCCGCCGCCGGCGCCACCGGCACGCACCACCUACAGCAGGAGGACCAGCUGCUGGCCGCCUACGAGAGUGAUGAGGCCAAGGUGCAGCGCCAGCAGAGCCAGGCGCAGGUGCAGGGCCUGCGGCAGCAGGUGGACCGCCUGAAGGCAGAGCUGAUGCUAGAGCGGCGGCGCAGCGAGGACCAGACGGAGGCCUUCGAGACGGAGCGGCGCGUCUGGCAGGAGGAGAAGGACAAGGUCAUCCGCUACCAGAAGCAGCUGCAGCAGAACUAUAUCCAGAUGUACCGGCGCAACCGCGAGCUGGAGCGCGUCAUGCGCCAGCUCAGCCUGGAACUAGAGAGCCGCGACCUGGAGGAGUUCGAGAUGCGCAGCGGCAGCAGCGUCGGCGGCACCGCGGGCGAGAUCCACUUCGAGGAGAUCACUGCCACAGAGAUCUGAAGACCCCCCCCCCCCCCCCACACACACACGCACACACUUUCCAUCCCCCACAACCCCUUUCUGACAGAUCUCCUGAAAUCCUUCCGAUCCCACUGAAGACAAACCGUCAUAUCGCACACAGCCGAGCUCCAACCCCCUCACCCCUCAAGCUGUUUUUCCAAAUGAGCUGCACCCUGAGAGUCAGGAUGAAGGACACAGAUUUGCUGAGUCAUCGUUCCUUGCAGGGAUGACAUCACUGUUUCUAUUCCUGUCCUGUAUGUCACAUGGUAGCCAAGGAGCAUGUUCUGAAUUACAUGGGGGGUGGGAUGGGGUGAUGUGGGGUG